UAUGGUGUCAUUUUCUGCUGCUAUGGGGUUGUUCCGUGGUGGAUUAUACUCCUCCUAUUGCCUUUUUUUGGUGGCAAGUUCUGAUGGUAUUUGAUAAUUGGGAAUCUUUCUCAUUUGAAGGUCAACACCCAUCACUAAAGUUUGAGCCUACUACUCCACUUUCACAAAACAGGACGCGUUCGGCUCCAUCUCCUGCAUCCUCGGCAAACUCUAUCAUCGGCGAGAACAGCAUCCCACUGUCUACAAUGGACCGCACACAAAACGACCUUAACAUGUGGAGUUAUGUGAACACGAAAAAAUUCAUUCACAUAAUGGUUGAGGUGGCUAGGAGGGAGGAAGUGACCAACUCAAAAAAGUCACGACAAUUUAAUGACUUACAAUGGCAUGAGAUAUUGAGGGAGCUAGGAGUGAGAACAGGGAGAAUAGGGUACACUAUUCCUAAGAACCGAGAAAAGUUUACUCGCAUUAAGAAAGAGUAUAAUGCCUUUAAGCAUAUGAAAGAUCAGACUGGGUUCGGUUGGGAUGAGGCAUCACAAACCGUUGUGGGCACGCGCCCCCAAAAAUUCUCGUUAUGA